AUGGCGCCCCCGCCGGCCAUCGCGGCCCCGCCAAGAGCACAUAUCCCCAGUCCACAGGCUACGACAACGCCAAUGUCAAAUACAACGAGUCGGCCAUACUUUGAACCACCGCCUCAGCAAACUGCGUCCCCACAACUUGGACGGCAAGAAAGCUUUUACCGUGUACAAGAACGUCAUGGCCAUGAUCAAAUCGACGACCAGCAACGCACCGCCAGCCCAGAUCCUGCUCGCGCGAUUUCACCAGCUUUCUCCGAGGCUCAGACUCUGGUCCGAGCAAAUAGCUCUGCUACAAGAUGCAUGUCACCGCAAGAAGAGAUUCCGAUGCGGUCAAUGUUCCCAGUUUAUGAUCCCACAGUCCCUCUUGGACGUCAACCAUAUCAGCCAACCCAAGCGUCGCCCACACAGAUACCUCGAACCCAGAUCAGUCGUUCACCCUACUCUUCCGAGUCGUAUAUUCCUCACAACAACGUUCGCUCGAGCGGCUCGACAGCUCCUCCACCACCAAAGCCCUUCUUCACGCCAUCCAACCUUCUUGACAAUCUCUGGCUAGCCACUAAUGGACAAGAACAGCCCAGUGUGCAGAUGUAUACCCUGCGAAUGCAUCGAGCAACAGCCUCAAACCCGACGGUCACCUUUGGUACAACGCCAUCGUUACCGUUUUACUCUGUAGCACAGUCAAACCUUGCAGGUAACCACGAAGUACCCAGCAUCAUGAACGAGCUGCUCAUUCAACGACAUCACCCCACCCAGCCGCGAGUCUUACCUAUUGCUCAUCUCGAUCUUAUCGCGCCUCCGUCACUAGACAAUGGAGCGUUUAGCCCACAACAGCAAGAGGAUACCACCCUUCUUACUAGCAUAUACCCAAAGCUGGCCGCUCUUCAGGCGCUUGAUGCUGCUGCUAACUCUCCUGCUGCCUCGCGUAUUGCGCUUUCAGACCCGGGCGCUCAGUCGCCCGCUGCACAGCGUCUGGCUGAAGAUGUUCUAGCUGGUACUGCGCAACGUGAGUGCUGCGCUCUUGCCUGGACGAGGGACAACCCUCAACAACAAGCAAAUCCUUGGGCGCAACAUAUGCCAUCGGAGGGUUCAUAUCAGCUCCAUCAUCCAACAUUGGGCACUUUCCCCAUCUCCCUGGAAGGUGACUGUUCUGUCAUCAAUGCUCCUUCGACGAGACCCAUCACGGCGUUUUACGGGCACAACAUGCCCAUGACACCACAAAGUACCGGACGCAAGCCAGCCUGCAUCACUGUGCUAAACCCAUACGUUCUCUCUCCAACGACCCCCCGGACAAACGCGUUCUCUCCGCUACCACCACCUCCGCGAUUCGAUGGCACGAGACCAGUAUCUAUGACACCUUCUGAGAUGUCUGUUGGCCAACUUCCUACGACCACCGACGCUACUGCCGAUGAUGCCAUGCUCGCACGUCUUGACUUCGCAAACGACGCUCUCAUUCUCAACCUUGGUGCCCUGACACGUUUUGGCAAUCCCUUCUUGGUUGAUGUUCUUACAUCAACGCUUCUCGCAGUCGCAGUAGCGGAAGCUACACGCGGCCGCAAAACACGCAAUCGAAGCCAAGAAAACUUCGAGCCACCACCACCAAGCUUCACCCUGAACCACCAGAAGGAAGACACAGCAAAAGCCUUCAAAGACUCUUUUGUCGAGGGCUUCCAGGGCAUCGGUGGGAAGUCGCGCCCGCCACUCUCGGGUAAAGGACUGAAGAAGUUUGCUUCUAGCCUGAAGAGUACAACAACUCGUAGCGAUAGUGCGAUGGGAAGUUUCGACAAGGACAUUGAGUUGGGCGAGUGGUACGGACAAGACAAGCACACGAAAGCGAAAGCCACAAAAUCGGAGAAGAAGGCGAAGAAAGCGAAUGCUGAUGACGAAAGCAAACUACCGCUGGUCGCACGUACAGUCAUAACUGUGUUGACGUUUGCGUUCAAGGCCGUGGUGUUCAUACUGAAGAUUGCGUUCAAGAUUGUUGCGGGUGUCGUCGUCAUGAUCACGCGGAAUUUCAGCAAAUUAUAG